CGUCACGAGGUACCGGGGUGAUCAUGGGGAGCUGAGGGAGAAUAACAGUAGUUAGCUAGCAAGUGCAACAACUGAAAUUAAUGAAAUAAAUCAGCGGCAGUUUGGGCGGCGAGCUACCGGAGGCCACCAUGGCGAACAUCACGAAAAAAGUGUCAUGGUCCAGCCGGGCCGAGGAGUCCGGGGCCGCCGGGGAGGGGACCCCGCUGCUCAACGGCUCCGAGCAGCCGAGACACUCCAGACAGCUGUCUGGAGGAGGCAGUAUAUUUCAGAUAGGCAGACUCAGCACGGUGGAUUUGGAGGAGGAGAUGACGUCAGAUGAGGACUCUCUGAGGGGGCGGCCAAAAGAGAUCCCUCAUAAUGAGAAGCUGCUGUCACUUAAAUUUGAGAGUCUGGACUAUGAUAACAUUGAGAACCAGCUGUUUUUGGAGGAGGAGAGGCGGAUGAGUCACAUGGGUUUCCGCUGUCUGGAGAUCAGUCGCUGGGUGGUCUGUGGUCUAAUCGGCUUUCUGACCGGCCUCAUUGCCUGCUUCAUAGACAUCGCGGUGGAGGAACUGGCUGGGAUCAAAUAUCAAGUGGUCAAACAAAACAUAGAGAAGUUUACAGAGGUGGGCGGCUUGUCGAUUUCUCUCAUCCUCUGGGCCGUCCUCAACUCUGCCGUGGUCAUGCUGGGGGCCAUUAUAGUUGCAUUUUUUGAGCCAAUAGCAGCAGGAAGUGGUAUUCCUCAGAUAAAAUGUUACCUAAACGGAGUCAAGAUUCCCAGGGUGGUACGACUCAAGACGCUGGUGGUGAAAGUGUGCGGUGUUAUCUGUUCCGUGGUCGGCGGUCUUGCUGUCGGGAAGGAAGGACCCAUGAUUCACUCUGGUGCUGUUGUAGCUGCAGGAGUCUCCCAGGGCAGGAGCACGUCUUUAAAGAGAGACUUUAAGAUCUUUGAAUACUUCCGAAGAGACACAGAGAAGAGAGACUUUGUGUCUGCUGGAGCUGCUGCUGGAGUCUCGGCUGCUUUCGGAGCACCAGUCGGCGGCGUUCUGUUCUCUCUGGAGGAGGGUGCUUCUUUCUGGAACCAGAUGCUGACGUGGAGGAUAUUCUUUGCCUCCAUGAUCUCGACCUUCACCCUGAACUUCUUCAUCAGUAUCUAUCACAAACAGCCAGGAGAUCUCUCCAGCCCAGGUCUCAUCAACUUUGGGCGCUUUGAGAGCGAUAGUGUGGCCUAUAACCUCUAUGAGAUUCCCUUGUUCAUUGCUAUGGGAGCUAUAGGCGGCUUGCUGGGAGCUCUGUUCAAUGUUCUCAACUACUGGCUGACAAUCUUCAGGAUCAGGUAUGUUCAUCGGCCUUGUUUACAAGUGAUGGAGGCCAUGUUGGUUGCUGCAGUAACCGCAGCCGUAUCAUUCACCAUGAUCUACUUCUCCAAUGACUGUCAACCUCUGGGGCCGGAGCACACUGAGGAGUACCCACUGCAGUUGUUCUGUGCAGAUGGGGAGUAUAACUCCAUGGCAACAGCCUUCUUCAACACUCCCGAGAGAAGUGUUCGCAGCCUCUUCCACAACCAGCCAGGGACCUACAAUCCUUUGACCCUGGGUCUGUUCACGCUGACUUAUUUCUUCCUGGCGUGUUGGACGUACGGCCUGGCGGUGUCAGCUGGAGUCUUCAUCCCAUCUCUGCUGAUAGGAGCAGCCUGGGGGAGACUGUGUGGAAUACUGUUGGCCUCCAUUACCCCCGAUGGCUCGAUCUGGGCUGACCCUGGUAAAUAUGCUCUGAUUGGAGCUGCAGCUCAGCUAGGCGGCAUUGUGAGGAUGACUCUUAGUUUGACCGUCAUCAUGGUCGAGGCUACAGGAAAUGUCACAUACGGUCUUCCUAUCAUGCUCGUCCUCAUGACUGCCAAGAUAGUGGGAGAUUAUUUUGUAGAAGGUCUGUAUGAUAUUCACAUCAAGCUGCAGAGCGUUCCCUUCCUGCACUGGGAGGCUCCUGCCACCUCCCACUGGUUAACCGCCAGAGAGGUGAUGAGUUCUCCGGUCACCUGUCUGAACAGGAUAGAGAAGGUGGGAACCAUCGUGGACAUCCUCAGCAACACGUCUACCAAUCACAACGGCUUCCCGGUCGUUGUGCAGGUCGCUGAUAGUGAUGAGCCAGCGAAGCUCUGUGGCCUCAUCCUCCGCUCUCAGCUCAUCGUCCUCCUCAAGCACAAGGUGUUUGUGGAGUUGGCCCGCUCCCGGCUGACCCAGAGGAAGCUCCAGCUGAAGGACUUCCGGGACGCUUAUCCUCGCUUCCCCCCGAUCCAGAGCAUCCACGUCUCCCAGGACGAGAGGGAGUGUAUGAUGGACCUCACUGAGUUCAUGAACGCAACGCCUUACACUGUACCGCAGGAAACAUCUUUGCCUCGUGUGUUCAAGCUGUUCAGAGCGCUGGGACUCCGACACCUAGUGGUGGUGGAUGAUGAGAACAGGGUGGUCGGACUGGUGACCAGGAAAGACUUGGCCAGAUAUCAUAUGGGCAGACACGGACUGGAGGAACUUCAGCUGGCCCAGACAUAGUGUGCGCGCACACACACACACACACACACACACACACACACACACACACACACACACACACACACACACACACACACACACACACACACACACACACACACAAACACAAACUACGACCACCUGAUGCCUCAUAAGCUCUAUGCAGGACACCAUCAAGGGCCAAGACAUACUUUGAUGCCAAAAUGGUCUCCAUGACAACACAAGGAAAUCCCGUGUACAGACCCGGGUCAUAAACAGAAGACACUUUUAAAAGUCAAACUGCUCUUGGUGUAAAAAAGAAAGAAAAAAAAGACAUCCCCAGGUGUGAUUGAAAUAUUUUACUUUGAAAGGAUUCUGACUUCCUUUAUUGUUAUCACGGUUUGUUUGGCGACUGCUGUGCUGAGUCAACAAAAAUGACGCCCUCGCA